AUGCUACCACAGUACUUCCAUGUACUCAAGCUAGCAAAUCCUGGAACAAUCACCAAUAUUAAAACAGAAAAAGACAAAGAAGGAAAAACAAGGUUUAAGUAUGCGUUCAUGUCCCUGAAAGCAUGCAUCGAUGGAUGGAAGUACCUGAGGAAGGUGCUAGUGGUGGACGGCACCCACAUGUUUGGAAAGUACAAAGGUGUUUUGCUAAGUGCCAGCAGACAAGAUGCUAACAGCCGCGUAUUCCCGAUUGCUUUCGCAGUAGUGGAAAGCGAGAACACAGAAUCUUGGACAUGGUUUUUCGAGAGGUUAUCUACUAUUGUAGAGGAUGGUUCUGAUUUAAGUAUAAUAUCAGAUAGAUGCGCAGCAAUUUUCGCAGCGAAAGAUAAAUGGUACAAGGGGCUGCAACAGAAAGCAAUGGUUGGCAGAGCUGGGGAUGCGUUCAGAGUUUCGGAGUUUAAGGAGAUAAUGGAGCUUAUUAAACUGACGGAUUGGAGAUGCUGGGAUUAUUUGGAGAAGAUCGACAAGAAGCUAUGGACACGUUCACAUUUCGAAGGGGAGAGAUUUAACGUGAUGACUUCUAACGCUGCUGAAUCGUUGAAUAAUGCUCUUCUGCCCGCUCGUGAUAGUCCUAUAAUGGCAUUGUUCGAGUUUAUUCGCCGGAAGCUGUGUACAUGGUAUGUGAGCAGACGCACCAAGAUCAGUAAGAUGAAGGGAAAUGUUCCAGAUAAUAUUCAAAAGAUACUGGUCGAACAGCUGGUGCUGUCAACGGGCCUUCUAGUUAUGCCAUGUUCGACUUGGUUAUUCGAAGUUACGCACAGGCCAACUAAUUUUGGUUUCACGGUUGAUCUGGAUAAACGAACUUGCACUUGCCUCGAAUUCCAAAAGCUUGGUUUGCCAUGCCGACAUGCCAUUGCUGCUGCUUCUUGCCGUAAUAUGCAGUACACCAUGUUUGUUUGCAAACACCAUCUCAAAGAGACAUGGGCUGAAACAGUUAGGGGUAUCAUACUUACGGUUCCGGAUCCAAAGGAUGUUGAAGUGCCGGCCGAAAUACUAACGGUUGAUCUUUAUCCACCAACGACCAAAAGAACGAAGGGAGGACCAGGAAUCAAACGUAAACUGUCCGCAGGAGAGAUACCGGUAAGACUGUUGUGUUGA